AUGGCGACAUUUUUCUGUGAAGUUUUAUCGGUGUACUCAAGAGCUGCUGAAGAGAAUGAGUAUGAUGAUAUGACGAAUGGAAACGAGGAAGAUGAGCAGAUCCGACGUGAUCAAGUGUCCGUUCACGUUCAUUGGCUCUCUCAGACGGAUGGCGGACCGGUGCUGUGUUCGGAUCUGAUCAUCGCUGUGGGUCCGAACGCCGCAGGUUUCGUCUUGGCGUACGCACUGGGCUCCGACGGCUGGACCGCGGUCGGAUGGGUCUCGCUGUGGAACGAGCGGAGCCAUGGAUCUGGAGACCCCGCAGAGCUGUCCUGUGUCCUGUACCAGCAGAAAGUAACACAGUCCAUCGAAAUGGCAUCUGUAGACCCCGCAGAGCUGUCCUGUGUCCUGUACCAGCAGAAAAGUUUCGCAGUUGUGCGUGUGGCAUCUGAACAGAGGAAGUUCACAUCAGGGUUACUGCGACUUCAAAGCCGUCCUUCUGGUUCACAGGAGGACUGGUUCCUGACUCCUCCCUCAGCCCAACACUGA